CAGUCCAUAAUGUGCACUCAGAAUGAUGCAGCAGUCUUGCAUGCCCUUUUUAACCCUAAUGCCCCAUUUGGUGACAUAAAUGAACAGAAUCCGGAAAACCCACAAGAGGACGCAAAUCAAGAUUGCAGUUUCGCACCUGCUUUACUGGAAGAGGUACAGAACUUGGAAUUGCUUGGUGUUCAAGCUGCAGAAUCUGGAGAUCUGAAAACAGCCUUGCAAAAAUUUAGUAAGGCUAUGGAGCUACUUCCUGAUCGUGCAUCUGCAUACAACAACCGUGCUCAAGCUCUACGCCUACAAGGAGACAUAACCGGUGCCCUUGGGGAUCUGAAUCGUGCAUUGGAGCUGAGUGAAGGGAAAGGGGUUGCAGCCCGCCAAGCUUUGGUGCAACGUGGACUAAUUCUCCGCUUAAAUGGAAAUGAAGAAGCAGCUAAGAAUGAUUUUCUUCAAGCAGCCGAACAAGGCAGUGAUUUUGCCAAGCAGCAGCUACUUUUGCUGAACCCAUAUGCUGCACUUUGUAACAGAAUGCUCAGGGACAUGAUACAAAACUUGCGUGUGCCAAAUCCAUAG